UUAAGAGCUACCAUGUUAAUGUUCUCCGCAGACAUGUCCAAGUACUUUGGAAAGGACAGCACUCCCGGUGGCAUAGGCUUCCAGUUCCGCCAAAUCAAGCAGUAUGCCAAGAGUCAGAAGCAAUGUGCCGAUUCCGGUGGAGACCCUCAGACUCUUGGUAUUGGUGCUGGCAAGGGAGAGGACGCAAGUGCUAAGGGUGGUCAAUCCAUCGCAGGUCAAUAUGGCCAAGGCGUCACAGGAGGAGCAGGAGACGGAAGCGCCAAAUCAACCCCUCGCAAGCGUACUCCUAGCAAGAAGAAGGUCGAGCAGUACACGGGAUCCAACGAAGACGACGACGAAGACUUCAACUUCUCGACCCCGUCCAAGACCAAGACCCCCUUGAACAAGGUAAAGAACGGUCGCGUGGUCAAGAAGCAGCAGAAGGAUGAUCGCAACAUGCUCUCUUCCUUCACCGACAUUGACAACAACGACGAUGACGAGGUCCAGAUCGUGAAGAAGGAGGCUAAGCCCCAGAUGUCGUUCAACGGGAUGGAGAACGGUCAGGGAUUCUCUCGUGGCUUCGGUCAUUCAUAUGUUGAAGACCAGGAUGAGGAUCAGGAUAUCUACGAGGAUGCGGAUGAGGCUUAGAUGUCUGUCGUAUGGCAUUUCUGCUUCCAUCUCGCCUCGCCCUUUCGAUUCUCAAUUUCUCUCUCUCAGAUGACUAAUUGAUUGAUUGACUGGCGUCGAUACCGAAGAUGGCUUUUCUUUCCUUUACUUUUGCGGUUUUUUACGAUACGAUACGAUUCCCUGGCUUCCUAUCUUCGAAUCUCCAGACAUACAAGGAAAGGAUGAAUGCUAUUACGAGCAAUGAAUGGAUGAAUGGAAGGAUGGAUGGGAUGGGAUAUGAAUGGGAUGGAUGGAUCAUAAGGGGCUAGGUACUAAAGGGUGUGCAUUCCCACUUUAUCGGGCACAUGCAUAAUGAAAUACAACGAUGAUUUUCUC